CCAGUAGAAACCCAGUAACUUGACUGUUUCAAAGCUGUCGCCAAACAUGGAAUACCACCGUCACAUGGAGCAGCAGCAGUGGGGCUACUGGCCGCCUGCGCCGGCGCCGGCCGCGCCGCCGGCUCCCAGGAGUAAACGGACGCAUUCGGAGAGCGAGGACGAUGCUUUCUCGGAGGAAAGCAGCAAAGACGCCACUUCUCCCGGCGGUGACUCCUGUCAACUCAUGACGCGCAAGCGCCGACGAGGCGUCAUCGAGAAGAAACGACGCGACAGAAUAAAUACCUCCCUGACUGAACUGAAGAGGCUAGUCCCAGCAGCCUGUGAGAAGCAAGGCAGCGCUAAGCUGGAGAAAGCCGAAAUUCUGCAGCUGACUGUGGACCAUUUGAAGAUGAUACACGCUAAAGGUCUUGACACGUUCGCCUACGACCCCCAACGCUACGCCAUGGACUACCACAGCAUCGGCUUCCGAGAGUGCGCAGCAGAAGUAGCCCGCUACCUCGUGAGCUGCGAGGGGUUAGACAUCCAAGACCCGCUGAGACUCCGCCUGAUGUCCCACUUGCAAUGCUUCGCGGCGCAACGGGAGCUGGCAGCCAAGUCAGCCAACUGGGGAUACCCACAGUAUCCUACUCCAGUACAGCCUCAACCUCAGCAUGGCUAUACGGAGCUAAGACCUGAAGCUACUACUUCAACAGCCACGACAACUGUAGCUGCCCCCAUGGCGGUAGCAGCGCCAUUAUCCGCCCCUCCUUCUUACCCCCAUUAUCCUGCCCCUCCCGCGCCACCAGCGCCCCCUGGCCCACACCCUGCACCACCAGUGCCCCAUUACCCUACUCCAUAUCCUCACCAGCCUCAUAACCAGUAUUCUCAGAAUAGUUCGAAACCUUAUAGGCCUUGGGGCGCAGAGUUAGCUUAUUAGAUUGUCAAGCCUAAUCAGAUAUAUAUGUAAUAUGACUAUUGUCAAGAGGGCGCUGUUAUUCUGAUGGGGUGACAGUUCAGCAGUAUCAAGCGCGGAUCCAGCUUCG